AUGGUUCGUAAAGUAACUAUUUAUACUCAUGUGGCUGAAUAUUCUAAUGAUUUUAGAGUUGAUGAUAGUGUUACGCAUUGUGCAAAAAAAAGAGAAUAUGAAAACAAAGAAAAAACCAAUGGAAAUUUUUUACAACAGAGGACAAUUGCCUCAACUAUUUUAAAUGCUAAUAGCAAAAAAGAAUUAAUAGAAGAUUUAAUUCAUGCUUUUGCUGUUGCUAACAUACCCUUAGAAAAAGUGAAUUCCCUUCUUCCUUUUUUUCAAAAACAUAUAAAACAAGAAGAGUUUAUUCCUCAAGCACCCACUUUACGUCAAAUAUACUUACCUCAA